GUGAAGUUAGCUUUCCCUCGGGAGAAGUUGAGGUGCCGGGUUGCCUGGGCGGUGUCUGUGUCGGUGUCCGCAUCCGUGUUAGUGGCGAUGUUCUCGUCAGAGGCAGGCGCCAGGCCGCGGGCAUGCGAAACCAGCGCCUCGGAACGCAGGAAAUGGGUGGAAGUGUUUAAAGCAUGUGAUGAAGACAACAAAGGCCACCUAAGCCGAGAGGACUUUAAGAUUGCGAUUGUAAUGCUGUUUGGAUACAAACCCUCCAAGAUAGAAGCGGACUCUCUGAUGUCUUCAGUAAAUUCCAACACUUCUGGCAUAUCCCUGGAGGGGUUUCUGCAUGUCGUACAGAGAAAGAAAGAAGCACAGCUCUAUCGGAAUGAGAUAAGGCACAUCUUCACAGCUUUCGACGUGCACUAUCGUGGAUUUUUAACUCUAGAAGAUUUCAAAAGGGCAUUUAGUCGAGUGGCUCCCAAGCUACCAGCGAGGACAGUGCUGGAAGUGUUCAGGGAAGCAGAUCAAGACUCAGACGGUCACGUCAGCUUCCGAGACUUUGAGUAUGCCAUGAACUAUGGACAGGAAAAAUGAAGCCGGAUGCUUGUGGAAAGGCAGUUCUGGACAGACCAGUGAAUUGUAAUCUAGGUGAAGGUCACACAGAGCUCACUCUUUUGCCGUGCUGUCUGCUUAUGAGUAAACUCUUCGUCACAGUUUUUGAAUGCUGAUAUUGGACCUAGAGGUAGGAAUCUCUUUCCAUGUGUCUAAGAGCCCUGAGUCAGGCUGCCGUUGCUGGCCCCUCCACCCAGUGGUUUUUCCUUUCCACUCCUGUGAGCUCUGCAUUCUUCAUACUGUGAACUGGAGACUGUUCAUUCCACUCUUUGCCUGCUUGGGUCCCUAGCUCUUAUCAGCUCUGGGGAGGGUUAGCUUUGGCCUGCUAGUGGUGUCAUCAUCCUUCAUUUGCUCAACAUUGGUGGAAUGUCAAGCUUACUGCCAUCUAAGCAAUGAACAAAAAACAAAGGCCUCUCUUAUAUAAAGUCUCUGGAGCGCACAUCAGGGGGUGUACAGAACACAGGAAUCGGCUGAGACCAGGCGGCCAGCCAUUCUUUAUGCAGAGAAAACCAGAAUGCAAUUGGGGUCUUAAUGGACAAAAGGGUGUGAUUUGGGGUUCUUUUAAGUAACCUGAACCUGGGCUUCCUGCUUUGGAGACACUCGCCUGAGCUGGCCAACAACCCUCUGCUGCAUACUUCUGGCUCAAGGAAGUUUAGCUGUGCUCUGCUCUUGAAGUUCAACCGUCCCAAAGUUGGGAGUCUCCACACCCUACCACAUCCCUGGGAUCCAGUGACUGCUUUCCUGGAGCAAACUGAGACACUGAGCAUAUAGCAUAGCAUCUAUUAAAAAUAAUUCAUAAAUACUGAUCUUGCCAUUUUAAGUGUUCAGAUUUCAGAACAUUAACAUUUGUAAAAGAAAUUAAUGUAAUUUGUUUUUAAAGUGCUAAACAUUAAAAGAUAAAGUAAAAAUAUAAAUUUGUGUAGCAAGCAUUAAACAAGCUUCAUGCUCAUAUAAAUUAUUAGCAGAUAGCCUUAAGAAAAAUAAAGCUUUUAGCUGUGAUAAACCAAAGAAACCUAAGGAUAUGGGAUGACUAAAUGUGAUUUGUUCCUCUAGAUGGGCCCCUAGGAACAUACAGUAGAGAUGAAUGAAGCUCAGGCUUUUUCUGCUGCUUGUAACAGUGUGGGAGACUAGGUGAGGGCCAUGCAGGAACACCACUGUUUCCAUGAUUCUUCUGUAAAUCUAAAAUGAUCCCAAAACGGAGUUUGUUAAAAAUUAAAGGCUUGUUCAAACAUUCAUAAA